AGAUGUGCGCAUUCGGGUGAAACGUGUCACAGUACUCGCACAGAAGUAAUAAUAACUGUGUGUUUGCUGUUGUUUCUACAAGUGGGAUAGGACGGUGUGCAGGGUACGUUAAACUCUCCGGAUUACUCGCAAAGCGUGUAUCUGACGGGUUCAUGUAUUUGCAGUCUUCAAAUCCGUGUGGUUGGAAGUUUUCAUUUACAGCAACAUACUGUAAUUGGAAUAUCUGAAUUCAGUGCUUUCAGUUCUGCGAUGUGUAAGAGAUGGCAACACAUCUGCUAACGCAGGUGAAGCUCGCUCGCCUCUGUUCGGCAUAUUCUACAGCACGGGUCGCAAUUCCAGUCCUCGGGGGCCGCGGGGGUCCCUGCUUUCCAUUCCACCGCGGCUCUUAUUUUCUUAAAUAUUUGGUUAACAAGUCAAAUCACCUGUGUUUCCCAGGUCUUAACCAGCUGCUAACUGAAAGGCGUCUAUAAAAGGAAUCCGGCCCUGGAUGACUGGAAUUGCCGACCCCAGUAUGUGCUUUUUAAACAGGGAAAGCCGGGGCGCUACUGUUUACCAGUCAGUGCACAGGCUCUGUGUAGUUCCCCUUCGUGCUCGUCUGGAUAUAGUGAUGCUCAUUAACGAAGUCACCUUUCAUCGGAUCAAGACUUUACAUUGAAUGAGAAGAAAUAUAGCUACUUCACGGGCCAUGGUGCAAUAUUAAACUGAACCCUAUUGUAAACUUGUUGGUAUGUAGGAAGGGUUGCACACAGGGAGGAGUUUUCAAUUACAACACCUUCCACCUGUUUCUUCUGUCGGAGUAGAAGAGGUGUGUCGAUGCGCUCAGGAUAGCGCCACUGUCGCGCUCCGCACAGUGUCUGUCAAAGCCGCCAGGUUCAGGAGCCGGGGAGACGAAUCGAAAUGGGCAAGUCUGGAAGAGUGGACUUCGAGUGGGUCUACACCGACCAACCGCACACAUCCAGAAGGAGAGAAAUCUUAGCCAAGCACCCGGAGAUCAAGUCCCUGAUGGGAGCCGACCCCCAUCUGAAGUGGAUCGUGUCGGGCAUGGUGUUCACACAGCUGCUGGCCUGCUACCUGGUGAAGGAUCUGUCCUGGAAGUGGGUCCUGUUCUGGGCCUAUGCCUUUGGGGGCUGCGUCAACCACUCCAUGACGCUGGCCAUCCACGACAUCUCCCACAACGUGGCCUUUGGCAACAAGCAGGCUCGCUGGAACCGCUGGUUCGCCAUGUUCGCCAACCUGCCCAUCGGCAUGCCCUACUCCGCCUCCUUCAAGAAGUACCACAUCGACCACCACCGCUACCUGGGGGGCGACGGGCUGGACGUGGACAUCGCCACUGACUGGGAGGGCUGGUUCUUCUGCAGCCCGGCCCGCAAGCUCGUCUGGCUCUUCCUCCAGCCCCUCUUCUAUGCCCUGAGGCCGCUCUACGUCAACCCCAAGCCCGUCACCAGACUGGAGGUGUCCAACGCCGUGGUCCAGUUCACGGCCGACUUCAUCAUCUACUACCUGUGGGGUCUGAAGCCGGUGGUGUACCUGGUGGCUGGCUCCAUUCUCGGCAUGGGACUGCAUCCCAUCUCAGGGCACUUCAUCGCCGAGCAUUACAUGUUUUCCAAGGGACAUGAAACCUAUUCCUACUACGGACCUCUGAACUACAUUACCUUUAACGUGGGCUACCACAUGGAGCACCACGAUUUCCCCAGCAUUCCAGGCAGCAAGCUGCCAUUGGUGAAGAAGAUGGCAGCCGAGUUCUAUGAUGACCUGCCGCAGCACACGUCCUGGAUGCGGGUUCUGUGGGACUUUGUCUUCGAUGACGCCAUCGGCCCGUACGCCAGGGUCAAACGCACAUGCAAGCUGGUGAAAGAGGACUGAGACCGCUACAUUCCCCGUGUUUGCAUCUGUGUGGACAGGCAGGAUUUGCUAUAGCUUUAGAUUUAGUUUUGUUUUGCUUUUACAAAAUGACAAGAAGAAACAAAUGCAAUUGAAAGUGGUUGUGCAAUGUGGCACGUCGCUGACUCUGCACAUGUCUUAGCAAGAGCUUUGCAAAUCCGCACAACACAAGAUCAGUUUGCACUUCUCUGUGAAAUAUACCAUGGAGCUAUUUUGAACAGUGCAUGCACUGGACACUGUAUUAAAAGGUUGGUCCAGCUGACGGUUUUAAAAAUAAAAUACGUUGUUUUCUUUCUGUCAACUGCAAUAUUGCAGCACUGGUUUCUGUAAAUUAAAUAUUCUGUCAUUUCCUAGAUCUUUCCUUUAUCAAUGAGUGCACACACACACACACAGACGCACACAGUAGUACAGGUUAUGAAAGUUUAUCUUUAGGUACCCAAGUGCGACUUCCUGCUCCAAUCCGGAUUAGAAUCACUGGGGCAGCUUCUUCAGGUCCAAUAGUUUGUGCUUCAGUCACAAAAAACACUGCAAAUUGCUGUGAUUUGAAGACCUGGCUGAAUUAACAGUGAGGUAACAGUGAGUUGAAUUAGACACAGUGGUAUGGGUGAGGUGACAGUGAGUUGAAUUAGACACAGUGGUAUGGGUGAGGUGACAGGGAGGUGAAUUAGACACAGUGGUAUGGGUGAGGUGACAGUGAGUUGAAUUAGACACAGUGGUAUGGGUGAGGUGACAGUGAGUUGAAUUAGACACAGUGGUAUGGGUGAGGUGACAGUGAGUUGAAUUAGACACAGUGGUAUGGGUGAGGUGACAAUAGGCUCACUGUUUGAAUGCAGAAAUUGCCCUUCUAACAGUUUAGCAACGUGUAAUAAAGCUUAGUAAAGCCAGCAGAGGUAUGGUAAAGCCUUUUAACAACAUGGCACACCAUGGUAAGCUAUGGUAAUUGCUCAGUCUAACCCAUAGAAAAGGCAUGGGAAAACUGCGACUUUAGUGCAAAGUUACCUUGCAAAAUGUUUAGGCGUCAUUCCCCUCCUCCACAUUUCACUGAAUAGCAGGUGGAUGUCAAGAGUACAAAAUGAACUCUUGUAAAUAUUCCCUGUGAAUGUCUAAUGCAACGACGUACAGAUUGGGUUCCAUUGAAAUCUAGAGAAUGAUCUACUAAAUCGACAGUCCAGUUCAGCAAGGUUCAUAAUAAAUGUACUUUUUAAAAAUCUUCUGUAAUGAUGUUAAUAUUUAAGCCAGCGUUUAGUAUUUGCCCCCCUCUCAAAAUGAACUGCAAUUCCGUUUUGUAGAAGCAUGUAAGGAUGGGCAUUGUAAAAUAAACAUCGUAAAGUGCGGUGCAUGUAUUAUACCAUGUUAAACAUUAAAAAGGAAUGAGGGAUAUGUUGAAGUU